AUGGAGGCGGAGCGGAUCGGGAGGAGGAAGUGGAGGAGCCUCAAAAAGCGGCUGGCGCUGAUGGGCUGCUGCGUCAGCUCUUGGGGCUUCCGUGCCUCCAAUCCCACCAUCAUCACAGAUGAAAUUUACCCAGAAAGGCCGGAGGAGGAGGAGGAGGUGGUGGUGGGGAUGGGGGGCGCAACUUCGGCCGAGGAGAUGAAUCUGGCUGCGGCGCUGGCGGCUGAGCGGAAUUACCGGGCGGCUUCUGUGGCGGAGGUGGGUAGAGUGGAGGGGAAGAGGACGGAGGCGCUUUCGCGCCUCGUGCUGCACCCUCGAGAUUCCCGUUUCUGA